UUGACAUAGCUGUAAAUAAGAAUUCCCUUUCUUUGUCAUUUGGGCCCGCAGAAGCUUAAGGCAUACGUGGUGUAACAGAUCUUUCAACUAGCCCGCCCUUAGAACUCUUGCUCUAAAAAGAUCGGAGCAUGCAACUCACUUAAAACAUACCUUCGAAAGGUCCAGAUUCAAGGUUACAACAGAACAUUUACUUACUCUGGUAAGAGAUCUACACCAGAAACAUCUCAGCAUCCUGCUGAAGUUUUCCCAGCAUCCUGCCUGUCAUCCGUUACACAGUUGCACUUAACCCGCACCAAAAGAACACCACGAAACAGCUAUGUGAGACCAAUCAGGAAACCUAAGGAAGCCUUUGUGGAAAGUCUCAAUGUGCCAGUGUCACCUUUGGCAAGCUCAGAAAAAAUGGUAUUACAAGAGAAUAUCUUGUGAAAUAUAAGUUCCUUUUGCAUUUGGCCAACGUGGAUUAAGAUGUACAGCUAUUGUAUAAAACUCAAAGUUCUAUGGUAUCGAAGAAGCAAGCGCCUUUUUAAAACUGGUCCUAAGUAACUGGUCCUAAGUAAAGAAAGACCUGAAUGGAUUUCAGGAUGUUUGUUAGUUGCAGAAGAGUCAGGAGGCAGUUUUUUCAAGUAAUUGUCACUAGUUUUAUAUUGUGCUUCAUGUUUUAUUGGGUACCUAUCAAUAAUGUCUUAAGCCAUAUGAAGUCUUACUCGUACAGAUACCUCAUAAAUAGCUACGACUUUGUGAAUGAGUCACUCUCUCUUAAGCACAGCUCAGCGAAGACUCCUCACUACCAAUACUUGAUUAACCAUGAGGAGAAAUGUCAGAACCAAGAUGUCCUCCUUUUGCUGUUUAUAAAGACUGCUCCUGAAAACCACAACCGCCGUGCAGCGAUUAGAAAAACAUGGGGCAAUGAGAAGUACAUCCACUCUCAAUUUAAUGCCACCAUCAAAACUCUGUUUGUAUUAGGAAUACCUUCUCAUCUACAGAAGAGAGAAGAACUGCAAAGAAAACUGCUCUGGGAAGAUCAAAAAUACGAGGAUAUAAUUCAGCAAGACUUUAUUGAUUCUUUCUACAAUCUUACUCUUAAAUUACUUCUGCAGUUCAGUUGGACAAAUAACUUCUGUCCACACACCAAAUUCUUUAUGACUGCUGAUGACGACAUAUUUAUCCACAUGCCAAAUCUGAUCGAAUACCUUCAAAGUUUAGAACAAAUUGGUGUUCAAGACUUUUGGAUUGGUCGUGUGCAUCGCGGUGCCCCUCCUAUCCGGGACAAAAGCAGCAAAUACUACGUCCCCUAUGAAAUGUAUCAGUUGCCAGCUUACCCCGACUACACUGCUGGAGCCGCCUACGUGAUCUCCAGCGACGUAGCCUCCAAAGUCUACAAAGCCUCGCUGAGACUUAACUCUAGUUUUUACAUAGACGAUGUGUUUAUGGGCCUCUGUGCCAAUAUAAUGAGGGUAGUGCCACAAGACCAUGUGUUUUUCUCUGGGGAAGGUAAAACUCCUUAUCAUCCGUGCAUCUACGAGAAGAUGAUGACAUCUCAUGGACAUGUACAGGACCUUCAGGAACUGUGGAAGAAUGCCACAGACCCUAAAGUUAAAACGAUUUCAAAAGGUUUCUUUGGUCAGCUAUACUGCUGGUUUACUAAAGUAACUCUCCUUUGCAGAGUCCACCAUGAAGACACAUACCCUUGUAGCGCUGCCUUUGUCUAGUAGGACUUAAAUGUUGUAUGUUUUCCCUGUAACUUAGCCAAGCCUUUUCAAUGUUUGUCUAUUCCUUAAACAAAUGAGAAAAAAAAUGCAAAAGAAUUUGUUAAAAGCCUAUCUCCUAAGAAUUUGUUGAAAGCCUACAUCCACUAUGAAAUGGCUAUCGAUGAAAAGUCUAUCAGAUCUUUUCUAGAAGCUCUUCGAUGUAACUUAUCUACUUCAUUGCCUAAUUCAUUUCAUGCAAGAAUUUAUAUUUAGAAGAAGUUUAUAACCGUUAAACUAAAAGAAAUUCAGUUUCUACCUUAAUGCCACAUUUGAGGCGGAAAAGUUAUUAAGGUACCUUGGCGUUAGAGUAACUGCUUUGGUAAAAUGCCAAGUAAAAAGAAUACGACACUCCCAAGACAAGAAUAUAUUGUUAGAGCAGGUACAGAGGUUUAUUUUUAUUAAAGAGUACUUGAUGGAGGAGGAUUGGCCUAGGAAAUUACAUGAAGCUGGUAAAACUAAGUUUCUAGUUCUUCAGAAGAGAUUGAGGAAAAGGUAUACAACUACUUUGUAAAUGGCCAGAUCACUUAUUGUCACAUACAUGUAGCCAUUUUACACAGUGUUGGUAUCAUUUAAAAUAUUUUUUUUCAAAGUUUAAUGUGAAAUAUUAGAAAUAUUAAAUAUUCUAAUAUUUAAAUUAGGGUAUUUAGGAAAAUACCCUAAAUAUGGGAAAUUUGCUAAACAUAGAGUCCUUUGUAAGGAGAGAUCAUUGUUAACUGAAGUAAGUUGACUUUAGUUUAAUGAGUUUCAACUAGUUUUUAAAUAUUCAAUACCAGUCUACCUUGAAGGUAGUUCUUUGAAUGUAGCUUACAUGGAAGAAUAUAACAAUGGAGACUUCAAAAGCAAGGAUAGAACAUUAAAGGCCUUUUUCUCCAUCAUUUAUAAAAUAAAAUUUGCAAUGCCUAAAUUAUUGUAAUGAUUGCUAAAAUUAUUCUCCCCCUCCUCAAGAAGGUCUUAUAAAUCUCAGUACUGUGCUCCAUGUUCAGAUUUUAAAACUGAGUUUUAAAGAUCAAUCAAGACUAGUAUUAAAAAAUAUUAUUUCAUUAAAAUGAUUAUCAGAGGUAAAGCUAGCUGAAGAGUAAUAUUUCAAAUUUGAAAGAGCAAUGAAAUAGAUAGGCAAGUCAUUUGAAUGAAUUCUUUAUACUCAGAGAGAUCUGAUUGAGAUCUAACAGAGUAAAUUUUGUCUUACAAAGGAAUAUAAAAAUGUGGCCACAAAGCAAACAACCUUGCUCCAGAAAUUUCUAGGUGCUGUCUGUUGUCAGAGGAACGAUAUUGAAAGUCCAAACAGUGACUUCAGCAAAAACAUUAGAACUGAAUAUAAAACCUUUGUCUGCAGAGGUGCCUGUUAGGGGAAACUAAGAUAUAUCAUUUCACCAGAUGCUGUCUGAAACAUGCAAGACAACUAAAAAAAGAAUUCUCAGUAAACACAAAUGGGUAAUGAUUAUAUAUACCUAUAAUAUUUUUCAGGUAGCUUUUUCAUGUUUACAGAAUUUUUUUUUGUGAAUUUGUUUUCUAUUUUGACAAUUGAAUUUGUUUACAUGCAUCACUAGUUAAUUUAGUCUUUUUAACUAAUGUCAAAACCGUGGUGUCCAACAUUCUGGUUUGUAAUUCCUGGGUUAGUUCAGGAUUUUUAGAUCAUUACACUGACCAAUUAUAUAUUCUGACCAAUUUUAAAAACUGUAGAGAACAAAAGCAUGUUUUGACAAAGCAGGUGUAUAAUUAAUAUUAUUUGCUGAUUCUUUAAUAACUGUUUGCCUUUUGGCCACUCAUACCCAUGAUUCUAUACUCAUAAUUGUUUCAACUAGCCAUUGUUUGAAAACCUCAGAGAAUCUCUGUAUUGUUUACAGCAAUACUUUUGUGAAAAGAUUAUUUAUUUGGGAAAGCGCUUUCCUCAGCUGUUCCUUUUUUUAGUUUUUGUUUAGAGUAGAAUGGAACAGAUUUAAAUUUAAAGGAAAUAUAAAUGCUUUUCUCUCUUUUUUUUUUAAAGAUUUAUUUAUUUAUACAAGAACCGGGGUACAGGCCAGAUGUGCAGGACUCACCAGAGACAGAGCGGGGAACAGAGCAGGCAGACCGACUGAAACACACUGCUGAGGGGAGCAGCGAGAGGAGACAGGAGAGGUCUGCUGCACCAUGUGGGUAUCUCCCCGGCUGGCCGGGAUUGAACCCGCACUGCAGAGUCUGCGGACAGCCUACAAAGCUGUGCUCAACCGCCUGUGCCACCAGGGAGGCCCCAAAGGCGCUCCCUUUUUUAAUAAAAAGGGAGUUGCUAGAUGUCUCCAUCACAGCUAAGGUACUCGGAAGAGUAUUUGUAAAUAUAAGGAUUCCAGCCUUUUAAAAAGGAAGGGAAAAAUUUUUGGUGCUUCAGUGCCAGGAUAUCUUUUAAAAACAAAAGAAGAAAAUACACUAACUUGAGAGGAAGAUGGUUAUACAGUGUUAUUGCUAAAAAGCUUUUUACCUCUGGAUUGUUUUGCAAAUUUUUCCA